AGAAGUUAACCGGAAAUACUCUUCAGCUGCGACGUGUUUUCCGACUGUCAAAUUUUUGACAUAAUUUGUUUUUCUUCAUUAUUUCAGACAUGAAACUAAAAUAAUACAAGAACAGGCUACAGUUUAUUGCUUCUUUUAUUACUGCUCAUUAGAAAAGAUACAUUAACAUAGAUAACAAAGAUGGGGGCUAACAGUAGCAGUUUCAGUGAUUUAGCCACCAAUCCAUAUCUGAUCAGAUUUGCCGGUUCCGAGUCCAUUUCACCUCAAGAUCCAUUCUGGAACCAGCUGUUGUCAUACACUUUCCUUAUACCUAUAAAUAGUUCUGAUGGUAAACUGUUGGAAGAAUCCACAGCUUUAACAUGUAAGAAUCUGGCAAUAAACAACUGUAAGACGGGAAACUUUGGUUCCCUGAUCAGGGCGUUCCUCAUCAGAUGUACCGAGCUUAAAGCUUCCACAGAAACCAAAGAUAACAUUUUCACAUGGCAGACGUAUAAUGCAUUGUUUAUCAUACGAAGUGUGUGUAAAUACCUUGUGGAACAUCUUAGUGAGGACCUUCUCAUACAACAGUUUGAGGCCCUGUCUCCACAGAAAGAUGGUUCCUCUUGUUGUGAGCUGACAUGUUCAGUUGGUGAGGAGCUGAUGAAUGCAUUGGUAGAACUUAUUGUUGACGUCCCCGUGUUGACGUUCACAUAUGCUCUACACCUGGAAGCAUUGAAUACUUUACUAACCCUCCUCUCUGUUCAGAUGUACCAGCCACAACCUGCCAGUAAAUUUACACUAUAUAAAUACAUGAUGGAAGGCAAAUGUUCUAUCCAUGCAUGUUUAAUGGUGAAGUCAUUGUUGAGAAACUAUGUUAACCAAGAGAAAUGUCCAAGUGAAUUGUAUAAGAAUACGACAGAUGGUGUAGGGGCAUUGGCAAGCAUGACUGCAUCAUUAGCUUCAAGUCUAUGGUCAGUGGUAACUCUAGGUAUUGGCUCCUCAUCCAACGAGAAAAAACCGGAAGAAGAAUUUAAUGAGACUUUAUUAGCCAAUCAGAGUCUGUUAUUUUUGUUGGUGUUAGCCAAUCACUGCACCAGCGACAGGGCUUUAAAUAAUCCAUAUAGACAAGCUUUGUUCCAGUUCACUAAUUCACAAGAUCCAGAUGAGGACAACCAAUCUUCGGGACCUACCCCUGUAGCUCAGAUAACGUUCAAGAUGGACUUCAUGGAACUAUAUAAAACAUUGUGUACGACACUCCGCGAUGAUCAGACAACAUUAUUACUUUAUCUUCUUAUACACAGAAAUCCUAACAUGAAAGCUUUCAUAUUGUCACGGACAAAUAUUGACCAGUUGGUGAUGCCAUUACUAAAGAUUUUAUACCAUGCACAGGAUAAGAAUUCUCACCAUAUAUAUAUGGCUCUGAUUAUACUACUGGUCUUGUCCGAAGAUGAUGUAUUUAAUAAAGCCGUACAUGAAGUUGCAUUAAAGAAUGUACCAUGGUUUAAAGAGAGAUCGAUGUCAGAGAUUUCACUAGGUGGACUUCUGAUUUUAGUGGUGAUCAGAACUAUACAGUUCAAUAUUACAAGAAUGAGGGACAAGUAUUUACACACCAACUGUUUGGCAGCAUUGGCUAAUAUGUCCUCACAGUUCACAAAUCUUCACCAAUAUGUUUCACAGAGACUAGUCAGUUUGUUUGCACAGCUGUGUAAGAAACAUACAAAGUUAGUUGAUCAGAUACGUCAGGCAGCCAUGAAAAGUCAUCAAUCUGCUGAGAAAACACCAGACGACUCCGACGAGGAAACGCAGGAAGAUUAUAUGCAGGAUCUAGCAGUAUUAGAGGAAGUGAUCCGUAUGGUGUUAGAAAUCAUAAACUCUUGUUUGUCCGCAAACCUUCAUCACAACCCAAAUCUUGUAUACACGUUACUCUAUCAGAAAGACUCUUUUGCCAUGUUUCGGACUCAUCCAACAUUUCAGGACAUUAUUUCAAACAUUGAUACUGUGUUAGCCUAUUUCUCAGGCAAGCUUGAACAAAUGGGUGGAAACCCAAUGCCCACAGAAGUGUUAGAAGUGAUAAAACAAGGUUCACUGCAGUUUAGGAGGGAUCGCCUAAAGAAAUUUCCAGAUCUAAAGUUUAAGUAUGUGGAGGAAGAAUCGCCAGAAGAAUUUUUCAUUCCGUACAUCUGGUCCCUCGUGUAUCACUCAUCAAAUCUGUACUUCAACGCAUCUAAAAUCAUCUUAUUCUCCUUGAGUAGUUGAUAAAUUUAUCAACGAGAAAAGUUUUUUUAAAUUCUGUACAUCUUGUCACUUGUGUGUUUAUCGUCUAAAAUCUGCAACUUUACUGGCCAUCAACAUUUUUUGAAUAUGCUGGUUUUGGACAUUCUUUAUGGAGUUCUUUAUAUCCCUCUAUUUAAGCAUUUGAAACCAUUUUUCUCUCUUAAAUUUGUCCACAUAUAAAAAUUCAUCCUCAUACAUAGCUAUGUCCUGCAUUGUGAUUGGCUAGCUAAUGUCAUUGACUGUGUUAUAUUGGGGAGUGUAUUUAAAUGGAAUCAUUUUAGAUGAUCGUUUAUGAAUAAAAUUGACAUUGGAAGAAAAUUUGAAAGAAUUGUAGAUUAUUGUAAUAAAUCUUAAGUUAAUCAUUCAAGUUGCUGUAGUGUGACAGCCUAUACUUGUCUUAGAUUUGUAUAAAAAUAAUUAAAAUGAAAGCAAAAUUAGCAGCAUUACUCUGAGUAGUAUGUUGAUAUAAGAGUUUAAUGUAUUCUUCCCUUUUGCUACACAUUUCCUAGAUACAACUAUUGGUAAUGUAGCUAACAGUUACAAAAUAAAUCAGUACUAAUUCAUUAUAGGAAAAAGAUAAAACAGUGCAUUGUAAGAACGGUGUUAAUAUACUUGUAAAAAGAAGUUGAUUAUUUCUUUGUGUUUUUAUUUCUGUGUCUUUCCUUUUCAAUUCUUUCUAAUAAGUAUUACAUUCAAAAUUUUCUUUUACUUGGGUGGUUUUAUAAAGAAAAAAAAGCACUAGUAGCAUGUGAUUUUCUGUUGAUAACAUAUCAAAAUAUUGUGUAACAGUUAAUUUCAUAAAAUUAGCGUGAUGCAUUUAUUUACUUUACAUUUUUGUGUGUGAUAAAUUCAGUAAUUAAGAAAAUCUGUUUCAAUAUAUAAUUAUAGUUAAAGAUACUUAUAGUUAAAGAUUCUCUAGUUUAUUUGAGACAUUACAUUCACUGCUUUUGUACAAUUUUGUGGCUGCAUAUUUGUUUUUCAAACAAUUGUAAUCAGAUCAUGUUCUUUGAAAUAUUAUUUCAGACUAGGAAGUACAAUAAGUUUGUGACUUAAAAUUUAAUACACAAGGGCAGGGAAGUGUGGGCUUCUCAUUCGAAGAAAAUGUGAUUCUGUAAAUUUUGUAAGAAUUGAUUUUGUGAAACAAAACCUUUCUUGACCUGUAUAUAAUAUUGUUUCUUAUGCAAAAUUGUGUAAAUAUUGGACUUUGUAUCAUAGUUGAUGCUUAUUUUAUAGAAUUUUAGUACUUAUAUCCCAAUAUUGUAAAUGUUGUUACUAAUUAUAGAUUUAAAUGCAUAUGUGUUACUAUUUAUAGAUAUAAAUGCAUAUGUGUUGUUGAUAUAUAUAUUUUAUGUUGUUGAAACUUUUUACUCAGACAAAUUUCUAAACCGCUGUUAAUUUUGAAGUGCUUAAAUGCAUAUGUGUUACUGCGAAUUUUGAAUAUAGUGGUACAGAACACGGGCAAAUAUUUUAAAACUUCUUAUGUUUUUGUGAAGUUAAUUGUUACAUGCCAACAAUCAUGUUAAUCUGCCCAUGAUAAACAUAGCAUGAUUUAUAUUUUUUUCAAAGGCAUUUUAUAUAUUGUUUGGUUAGUUUGGAUAAUGCCCUUGAUAUCAUUUUAUAAUUACAAGACAAAAAAUUCAAUUUUCAGAAAAUUGGUUUUAAUUUUGAGUACAUUGGGGUAUAAUAUUUCACAACAUGGAGAUCAGCUUUCCAGAAAUAGAUCAUGGUCUUCAUCAAUUCAAUGUAAUUGUCAAGUCCUGGUUAAUCGGCAUUUUUUCUGAUUUAACUAAAAGUGUCAUUGUAAGAAAAUUGAAACAUGAUUGUGAUUUCUUUGCAAAUUAGUCUAUCUUUUUACUCUGUCAGUUUCGUUCAAAUCUUUGAAAACAAGUACUAUUUGGUAUGAAAGGACUAUGUUCAUCUUGAAAAUAUACAGACAUUGGAUUGGGGCUUUGGUUAUGUGGCCAAGAUAUACGUUUUCAAUCAAAGGAUCGUAGAUUCAAGCCAUUCUUAGGCCAUAAGGAACUUUUCAAAUAAGAAACCUUGGUUGGUUAUUCCAAUAUUUGAUAGAUAUAAUAACUUUUUUUUACAAUUAGUUAAAGCAGCAUGCCUCCAGACUAAUUCAUUUAAUUUUUGUAAAAAAAAUAAAACAGAAAUGUAAAUGAAAAUUUAUUGUACAAAUAAAGCAAUUUAAUCUAGCCAAAGGAUUUUUUGCCCUAAUAAUUAUCCGACCUAAUAAUGAUCUGGCCUAAGGAUUUUUUUUAUCUAUAAUGAUAAAUGAAACAAAAUGUACAACAUUAAUAUUUAUUCAGAAGGAAACAGGAUGGCAUUAUGGUGAUUCAUUCAUAUUUUGCAUAAAAUAAAAAAAAAUCAGAAAGUCUCUACUGUACAAAUAAAGCAAUUUAAUGCUGUACUUUAUAAUACCGUAAUAAAAUGAUGAAAUAAAAGGAUAAUACUUUUCUUAAGAUAGAUUUUUAUUCCUCUGGAGAUGUGCAGCCAUAUAUAAAUAAAGUGUUGAGUUUAGAAUAUUAAAGGCCCAUUAUGACCCAGAAAUACUUUUAU